AUGUGCUCCCCCCUUCUUUGCGCAGUGAACGGGCUCCAGGCUCGGACCUUUGGCGUCUGGACCCUGCUGUCAUCAGUGAUCCGCUGUCUCUGCGCCAUCGACAUCCGCAAUAGGACCCUCUAUUACAUCACGCUCUUCACCUUCUUUUUGGCCCUUGUUCACUUCCUCUCUGAGGUCUUCAUUUACCACACUGCAGCCUUGACAAUUGGAGUUAUGGCACCCCUCAUGGUAGCAAGUUUCUCUAUCUUGGGGAUGUUGAUUGGGCUGCAGUACCUAGAAGUAGAAGCACUGUCACAGAACAAGAAGAAAAACUGAAGCUGAGGGCCCUGUGUAGGUCAGCGUUGUCUCCUGUCUUCACUGCCAGACUUCCACUAAUACUCGGUUGAACUUCUCCAGGACACCAGUCCCACUGGUGAAUCAAUGUUGGACUCUGUCAAUCAUUCUUCAUUACCAAGUGUUUUUUCUUGUCCAGGCAAUGUUUCAACUGACUGAUGUCAAAGACCAAGUCCCAGAGGAGUUUGUGUCAAAGCUUGCGGGGGGCAGUUGGUGACUGCCUCCCUGGAGGAUAGCAGGGAAUGUCUCAGGCGUGCCCAGUGCACUAAGGACUUCUAUCCCAGUGUACCUGUGGGGAGGAGGUGUAGAGCUACCCGGGACUCACUGAACACUUCGGACCAGAAAGA